AUGACUGAGAGACGGGCUGCUGCUGAAAGAAACCUUAACGAUAAAAAGAAAAAACCCCUCAAGAAAUCUAGAGAAAUCCUCCGUUGUCAUUCUUCUUCCUCUCCGAGAAAAAUGUCAGACUCUACCUUUGAAUUCGAUCCACCUGUUCUUGAUUUCAAUGAUUUCUUCUACAGGUGGUCAAGAUCCGUAACCCAUGACUGCCUCCCUCUCCUCCAGCAACCAGCUUCCUCCGCCGCUCCCGCCUCCGUACCCUCCGCCGCUCCCGCCUCCGUACUCUCCGCCGGCAUACAACUCGCCCUCGGAAGCUUAAAAUGGUACUACGAAAAACUCGAUUCCUUCGCCAAAACCAUCCCUUAUCCUCUCUUCCCUACCUGGCGCGAGUCGCUCGAGAUGCCGGUUCUCUUCCUCGGCGACAUCAAUCCUUACCUCCUCACCAGUCUCUUCCGAUCUAUCACCAUUAAAGAGAAUCAACAUUCGCAUGAAGAGCUGUUGAAGAAUCUCGAGGACCAGAUUGCGAUUAAGGUCUCUGUUCUACUGGAUCAGAUGAAGGAAGCACAUAUUCGUUUCGCGGCUCGAUUCUCUGAAAAUUGGGUCUCGACGUAUCUUUCUCAGCAAGAAGGGGAACAGAGGAAAACGGUUAUGGAGACGGCGGCUUCAGUGGAUGAGGCGGCGGAGGAAGAUAAGACGGCGUUUGCGAGAGUCUUCGUUGGUGCGAACCAUUUAAGGAUGGAAGUGAUCAAGCAGAUUGUUGCAUCUACAGACGAGCAUCUAGCGGCUCUGUUUCUUGAAGCUUUAUUAGGCAUCUUUGCUGGGUUUAAUUAUCAGGAUGAAUCUCAGAACUCUCAACCUGCAUCUCAGCUCAUGAAUGACCAGCAGCAACCAGCUGAACCGGUUCUUGAUAUUCCUAAACCGGUUCCACCACAUUACAGCACUUUUCCGAUCAUGUUCCCGCAUCAUCCACCUGGGCCGGUUCCACCACCUAACUACGCUUUUCCCUACGUGAAGCUGCAGCAGCAUCCACCUGUACCGGCUAACUUUCUUCCUAGACCGGUUCCAGCAGAACCUCACCACGGUUUUCCGUUCAUGAACCAGCAGCAGCAUCAACCUGUACCGGCUCACGUUUUGCAUAGAGCGGAAUACGCUAUGUACGUCGGGCGUCUGAGCCGCGGCGUUACGGCAAGGGUUCUAGGAGAGACGUUCAGAGCACGUUAUCAAUCGGUGAGGGCUGCAACAGUCAAGGUUCACGAUGGCACAGAAGCUUGCGCAGGAUAUGGUUUUGUUAGCUUCUCUGAUGAAGAUGAAAAAAACCGAGCUAUGGUGGAUAUGAACGACGAGCUUUUUUGUUACGAGCGUUUGAGAACUGGUCCUGCAGUUGGAAUGCCACUCUCUACCAAAAACUUUUCUUCUUUCUCUUGGGAUUAAUAACCAAAAAAGUAGUGAGUCUAGUGACCUUUCAGGUUUUUCUCAGGGACUGAUAUACUAAAAGAGUGAGCUUUCUCAGUUUUUUCUAAGGGGUUUGAUACUAAAAAGAGUGUAAAGAGUCUUUUGUUUCUGUCAAGGAUCUAGUUUUCUUUAGCAUUUCAGUUGAGUGAGAUCAUGAGUCUCUUUUGUAAA